UAUAUAGCAAGUCAGAAUGGUUAUACUGAUAUAGUAAAGUUAUUGUUAGAGAAGGAUCCUAAUGUUAAUCUCUGUUACAAGAAUGGCUGUAGUCCUCUGCACUUGGCAAGUUAUAAAGGACAUACUGAUAUAGGAAAGUUACUGGUAGAGAAGGAUCCUAAUGUUAAUCUAUGUAACAAUAAUGGUUGUAGUCCUCUGUUCUUUGCAAGUCAGGAAGGACAUACUGAUAUGGUAGAGUUACUGUUAGAGAAAGAUCUUAAUGUUGAUCUAUGUAACGAUAGCGGUUUUACACCACUGAUCAAUGCUUGUAUCCGUAAUUACACCAGUAUAGUACAGCUGCUAAUUAAACAUAAACCAAACAUUAAUGCCCAGACCUAUGAUGGAUGUAAUGCCUUAGUUUUCAGUGCACUGAAUGGACACCUAGAGAUAACACGGUUACUGUUGGAGAACAAUGCUGACUGUAAUAUCUGUUGCUGUAGUAAACAGUCUUAUAUAGAUACAAUUAAAGGCCAUCCAUCAAAAACAUUAGAAGAAGAAAAACAGGGUUGUUUUGAUUAUCUCAUAAAGAAUGCAUCAUCUCAUGUGGCAGAUUAUGUCAAGAAGAAGUCAGUAGAUUAUGUCUUUGAUAUAGAGGCUGGUUGUUCUCCAUUGCACUACGCAUGUUUUAUGGGUUGGAUAGAUGUAGUCAACUGUCUUCUGGACCACAAUGCUAACAUUAAUAUAACAAAAGAAGAUGGAACGACACCAUUAUUUUUUGCAUGUGAAGUAGGACAUGAGGAUAUUGUACGUUUAUUGUUAGAUAAAGGAGCAGAUACACAGAUAUGUAGACUUGAUGGGGAAUCCCCUUUAAACAUUGCAACAGAUAAUGGACAUACAUCUAUAGUAAUCAGAAUGAUUGUAACAGAACACAUGAAGAAGGAGGCAAAACAGACUUGAUGGGGAAUCCCCGUUAACCAUAGCAACAGAUAACGGACAUACAUGUAUAGUAAUGAUGUUAACAAAUCACACAAAGAAGGAGGACAAACUUUCUUCUUAACUCUUGUUCUUUAGUCAGUGGUUUUUCAUGACAUGUAAAAUAAUAUGCAAGGGAUGUUGAAAUGUUUUCUUUUAAACUCUUGUUCUUUUGUCAGUGGUUCUCUAUGACAUUUGAAAAACAACCAUGCAAGGGGAGUUGAAAUGUCUUCUUUAAACUUUUGUUCUUAGUCAGUGGUUUAAUGACAUGUAAAAAUCAUACAGCUGAUAUCUUUUUUUAUUUUCUUGUUGAUUGGUGUUUGUUUAUUAUGUUUUAUAUAUACUUCUAUUCUUUCCAUUAAAUUUUCUCUAACUUUACCAAAAACAUGCAGCUUUGCUUCCCAUCACACGGAAUAUUUUUUGAUUUUAUCACCUGGAACAGAAGAACCUAUUUGAUUUAGAUGUACUAAAAGUAUUCUGGUCAUGUCAAUUAGCACACCCGCUACACUUGGUUAACAUUGUAUUUCUACCAUUACUUAGUAGUUUUUUUUCUAAAGACAUAUUUCUUUCUACUUGAUGAGUCCUGUCAGUUUUUGUCUUAUUUGAUGCUGAUAUUCAAAGUUUCUUAUUUUUACUGAUUGUAUGACAUUUCUAUACUGUUGACUACCAUUAAUGUUUAUUGCUAUAUUGGUUUAUGUUUUCUUUGUUGUAUAUAUUUCAUUAUACAAAUAUAUAUAUUUCAUUAUAUAUAUUUGUGUCCCUUGUAAGUGACAUAUACAUUGUACUUGUUUCGUCAAUUUUUAAAGAUGGCAGUGUUUACCAUUUUGGAGUUAUGUUGCUGUAGAUAAAUAAAUUUGACAAUCUAUCAAUUGAUAAAUUACAACACAAGAAUGACAAGAUGUUGAAAUCUAUCCUUGGGGUCAAAAGACAGUCAUCAAAUAUGGCUAGUAGACUUAAAUGUAACAGGAGUCCAAUAAUGAUUUUAUCAUUAUGUUUAAUGUAUAAUUAUUAUAUGAGACUACUUAAAAUACAUAGAGAUAUAAUAUUAUAUAGUGUGUUUACUGCAGAUCAAGAAUUAUCUCAAGAAUGCAAAAUGCUGGUUUUCUACCCUAAAUAAAAUAUUUAAAGUACUUAAAUUUGAAAGUUAGUAGUGUUUUUAAGAACAGUCUAAUACGAUAUUAUAAUCAGUAAUCUGACUCACACCUACAAAAAAUCAAAUCUAGAGAUGUGGACAAUAAACUGAUGCUUUUCAGUAAUAUUUUUGUUCUAAAUUGUGUUACCUUCUAUCUUGAAACUACCAAAACUAUAAAAAGUAAAAUUACACAACUACGUAUCAGUGCUCAUUGUUUAAAUAUAGAGCGGGAUAGAUAUAAUAAACCCAAAAUUCCACGAGAAGAACGUUUUUGCAAACUCUGCACUGAAGUAGAGACAGAAGAACAUUAAUAUAUAGAUAUAAAGAUAAGGCAAACUUUUUUCCAAUCUUAUGGUAUGAAAGAUUCGCAUAAUAAUUAUUGUUUAGUUUGUAAACUUUUAAAUCCACAAAAUAUUAUAUUAAGAUACAACUCUUAAAAUUAUGUGUUCAAUUGUAUUAUUAUAUACUAUAUGUAAAACUUUGAAAUGUUGUUUUGUAUAUUAUCAUAUGAUUUGUAAUUGAAAACACUAAUUAAUAAAGAACCUGAAUCUGA